AUGAAUCUCUUGCCUUCGCCCCUCGCUCAGUCCACCUUGGGCGAGAAGUGCGCAUUUUACCUGGAUCACGUCACGGACAACCUCCCGUUCCUACAGUCCCUCCGCCUCGAUUGGACCCCUUACCGUCAUGAGUUGGACCAACCCUCUUUCGAACCUCUGGCGCCGCUCGCCCAGCUACGCAUCUGCCCGCAAGUUCGCGACGGCGACUUCAGUUAUAUCGGACCGGGCGAUAUUGUUGAUCCGCCCUCCCAGGGCUAUAGCGCUUCCGCAGACGAGAAUGAGCCUGAUAUUAUUUGUCUACGACACCGCGGUAUUAUCUACCCGCUCCACUUCCGCGCAUAUGCUAUCGAUGAUGGCGUCCUAUCCGUUGGCGCACUGCGCCAGGAAGCGGCUGCAAAGAUGGGAGUGAAAAACCCCAAUCAAAUCCGUCUGUUAUAUAAGGGAAACCUCCUCAAGGAUGAUUCCCGGCCAUGCAAAUCGGAAGGACUGAAGCAGCAUUCCGAGGUGCUGUGCGUUGUAUCCGAAGUUGGAGCCAAUUCACCUAGCGACGUCUCCGACUACGAUGGUCGAACCAGUGACCCGCCAACCCAGCGCCCCGGAUCAUCUUCAUCGCGUCUGGACGGGGAAGAAGAGCCAGUACGACCAAGCAAAAAGAAAAACAAGAAGAAGAACAACAAGAAGAAGAGCAAUAGAACCGCAGGCGGAGAGGAUGCGUUGGGAUCAUCUGCUUCCCUUGGCCCCCCGCAACCCGCGUCUGAUCGAUCUACUACCCCAAUGCAGCCCCCGAACCUGAAGCUCAUCAAGACCCCACUGGAGCAGAUCGCUGCUCUUGUUGGAUAUCUCCAACAAGAAUUGAUCCCGCUUUGUGACGAAUAUGUGGCCCACCCGCCCAGCGACCCCAAGAAGCGGGAAUUUGAGUAUAGGAAGUUGAGCGAGACUAUUCUGGCGCAGAUCAUGUUGAAAGCGGACGGUAUCGAGCCUGAUGGCAAUGAAACCGUGCGUAACGCGCGCAAGGCUCUCAUCCGGGAAGCGCAAGCGAAUCUCAACCGAUUAGACCAGGCCAACAAGUAA